GGACUAGAUACAGAACCUCAAAAUUUAAGUUUUCAAUAGGUGAGGAAUUGGAUUAUUUCAAUCAGUGUUUCUUAAACAUAUUUUUUUAAAGUAAGUUUGUCAUUGUUUUUGUAGGAACGUUGCUUAAGUUUUACAUGUCUUUUUAAAGUUUUAUUUAUUUCUAUUACAGAGACAGUCGCCAUGGGAAGGAUAUGUGUGCAUUACAUUUUAUUUCUUACAUAUAUCAUUCUUCCUGAUGUGAGAAGUGAGGGUAAGUUAAGGUGUAUAUAACAAUGUAUUAUUUGUGUACACAUGUUUGUGUGGAGUAUAUUUUCUUUUUAAAUCAAUGGACUUAAACAAAUACAAAAAGGAAUAUAAUAAAAUGAGAACACAUGGCAUGUGUAUUUAUGUAUUGAUUUUUGUUUCAUCUCGACUGAUGUUCUCGUUACACGCAAACCGUUUUAAAUUGAUCAUCAGAAAUUCUUGAUGUGCUUCAUACGUUUAAAAAGAUGUUCACACACAUAUGUGUUUGCAAAUAGGAAACCAUCGACACAGCAUGGAUGAAAAUAUCCAAAUUUGUCCAAAAAAAAUCUUAUAGAAAACUUCAAAACAAACUUGGCAUUUCUUCUUUAACUUUGUAUUAAAACCAAUUUCAAAAUGUUCAAUCAUAUAGUUAAUAAAUUCACGUCUACAGUGAAUGAUGUUGCCAAUGCACACACAAAAAAAAUGAUCUUUUUUUUUUUUUUUUUUAACCUCCUAAUCGGCUUGUCAAAUUCGAGGCUUUCAUCAUGUAUCAAAGAAGCAUAUUGAUUAAACCAAAUUCAAAAUGUUCAAUCAUAUAGUUAAUAAAUUCACUUUUACAGUGAAUGAUUUUGCCAAUGCACACACAAAAAAAAUGAUCUUUUUUUUUUUUUAACCUCCUAAUCGGCUUGUCAAAUUCGAGGCUUUCAUCAUGUAUCAAAGAAGCAUAUUGAUCGGUCGCAUCCAUUGUGUCCUUCAGGUAGCAAUGACUAUGUUGGAAAAUGUGUACAGUUUUUUUUCCUAAACUGUUGUUCCCAAAGACCAAGUUUCAUUGGAAAUGUCCAAAUAUUAUCACAAUUUUUUAAUUAACAAUUAUUUCCCUUGUAGAGUAAUAUUUACUUCAUUUAGGUGGCUAGGGAUAUCGACCAUUAAUAAAAAGUCACAAACCAACUGUUUGUCUUCAAACUCUGUGUUUUUAUAUUUGUAUAUGUUGUUGAAAAUCAAACCCUCUUUUCGACAUUUUAGAACGGUAAGCCUUCUUACUCCUGAACAAAUUUAAAAGUCAUUAAUAAUGUGUCUAAAGAUUUUAGAAAUCAUUAAUGAAUAAUGCAAUAAACAUUUUAGCAUUAAAUAAUUACGACUUUGGAGGCCUUCAUUUUCAUCCCUUUCACAAAACCUUCGGAUUUUACCCCCAGUGUUUGAGCACCAUCCAAAGGUGUAACAAAAAGCAAUUGAAUGUCGCUAUAACUGCCUCUAACAAAUCUCGUGACUCUGUGUUGUCCUUAAGUGGAUACUACGCCGCUAAUUCUUCAGUCUUUUAAAAAUGGACAUAAGCACGCCAUAUAAAAAUUGUCAGUUUGGCUGUAUCUGACUUAUCUGUGUUUUCAUUCAAUGCUAGAGCAUAAAAUACACAUGCUGAUUAUCGACUUUAAUAAAUUAUCCUCAAUCUAUUUUCCAAUGUAAUCCACAUGCACUGUAAAAAAAUUUUCAAGAAAAAAUGCUGGUGAAUUAAAACAGGUCUAAACCUAUUAAUUAAAAACAAAUGCGAUGUAUUUCAAACUCCCGCUAGCUAUAAUUUAAAACUAUAUGAUAUGAACGCCUCAUGAUACAAUGUUCUUUAAACGAUAUGUACAAUAAAGUUAACGUUUUACCUAGUGUAUUAAGAUGACUAUUGGCCAGCCGCAUGCGGGCCACAGACGACAUGUUCCACCCCCCUGAUCUAAUAGUUUUUUUUAAAUCCUUCGAAAAAGUUUUAAUUUUUUUCUAAAAUGACUGUUAUUUCAUAUAUGCUUUUAGUUGCAUGCAACUGGACAGAUGCCAUUCCGUCUGAAGGUGCAUGUUUCCUGUACAAGGCAACACGUCUUUCCUAUGCAGAUGCCAAGGUAAAUCAGGUGUCUUUUUCUUGUUUUCUUUCUACGAAUACUUACAUAAGAGUAUUCUCAUCAGGUGUAUGGAAUGCAGGACAUGAAAAACAUAUUUGCUUGGGUAAAAGAUAUAAAAGAUAUUGGUAGCUCCCACGACGCCACAGGACGUGCCUUAUCUGGUUUAGCAGUUGUGAUUUUAAUAAAAAUAAUUCAAUUUUUUUUUUUGUUAAACAAAGCUUAUUUAGAUUACAAGAAGUUUGUUUCAACAUAGAUAGUAGAUGUGAGGCUUCUAGCCCAAAUGGGUUUGGUUGAUGUUAUAUUUAUUUGUUUUUCUUUUAAUCUUCUUUUUUUUCGUUAAUCUAUUUUUGUUUGUCGAUUCCGCUAUCAAAUGCAUGACAGUAAGAAAGAAAUGAGAAACUAUACACACAUAUAUCAACUAAAUGCUAAAGAGAAAAAACACUGCGUCAUUAAAGGUCAUUUGAAUAAAAUACAGAAUAAUAAAUUCAGUAUAAAAUAUGUCUACUUCAGGUUUCAUGUCUAUCACUUGGUGGAGUUCUGGCAAAGGUGACGACCAAGACGCAAAUGCUUGAGAUAACCAAAAAUCUAAAUUAUGGUAAGUCAUACUUUAUAAGCAGUUGAAUUAUUAUUCUGUCAACGUUUACCCGAAAAUUUAUGUUGCUGUCUUUAACACAGUUGAUGCACAGUCUGUGUUGACAUCCUCUGGGCAAUUAAGCUGGAGUCCUUCCUAUUUUAAGCUUGCAUCGCUGGUUAAUUGACAUCAUUAGAACUGGCUGGACGAUCUGAUUCAUUCCUCUUGUAAGAUACGGUGCCUGAUUCAAACUGCACAAUAUAGUUAUAAAGUGGUAUUUUAUCGUCUUUAAAAAAAAUAUUUUUGAUAGUUAUUUAUCCGAUCUUCAGCGUUAUAUCCCAAACUCACUGGUUAGGUUUGAAAUGAAAAGACUAUUUAUUAAUAUUUUAUUAAAAUUUUUAAUUCUUUCAUAUUGUCUUAAUGCGCGAGGUUGAAAAAAAGAGGUGUCGGGCUAUUCUGUAGCUGUGAACAUUAGAAAUCUGCACUUGUUUCUGUCAUCAUUUCAUUCCAUGUUUUUUUAGCAAUAGUAUAUAUACCACCUAGAAUUCAUAUCUCCCAGCCUUGACGGGAACUGAAAUUUUUCACUGAAAGUUAUGUCCAGUUUAUUUCGAGACGCCGUUUUUACACAUCACAAAAAACAAACGAUGCUAAUAAAUAUUUGCUAGGAAAAGUCAUAAGAAUUGACUGUUAUUGUAAAUGAAGUAAAUUUUCCAGUUAUAUUUACUUAAUCCGUUUGCCGUCUAACUUAUAUAAAGUUAUAAGCAAAGUUUGGUAUAAUUUUAUUUAUUUUACUUUAAAAUAAUUACUGUCAAGAAUGGUUAAAACAUUUAAAGCGUUUCGUAAACUUAAUUUUUCAGACCACUUUUUCUUUAAUUGAGGGAUUAACUAAAUUUGUAAUCUUAAACAAACUAAUCAUCAUUUUAGGUUGAUUUUCUCUCCCUUCACCUUUUGUUUUUUCACACGAUUUAAACGCAUUUUGAACAUAACCAAUAAAUGACUUGUUACUUUUUUAAAGUGUUCUUAUAUGUAUAUAAUUUUAUUGAUUCAACAAAAAUUUUGAUGUGAUUAAUGAAGAAAAGACUGAGAUUUUCCUUCAUAUUUAUAUAUAUCAAUUUAUUUAAGUAUUUUCUUUAAAAGUGUUCAAGCAUGCACUAGAUGUUUCGUAAAAAAACUUCGAAUAAGCAAUGUCAUGAAAGGAAAUAAUAACAUAUAAAUGUGUCGUUUUCAGUAUUCAUUCCCUUAUUAAUUUAAAAUCAACUCUACAAAAAAUGUCUCCUACAUUUAAAAUGAUAAUUGUCUCUUGAUACUUUAUUGAUUUCUAUUACACUGGAGACAUUUUUUUUUUCUUCUAAAUAUUUACACAUUAUUUUGUUUAAUUAUCUUUUUUAAAAAAAUAAUAAACAGUUGUGCCUUGAAGAAAUCUGUGUUUUUAUUUUAAUUAUUAAUAUACUCGAAUAAGUUACCCGAUUAUUAUCAGGAUAAUAAUGGUAGGUCCUUUGUGAUAAUUUGUACUUGCUUUUGCAAAAACUCCUCACAAUUCCUAAAUAUUAAAAAGAAGUGUUUAUAUAAGGAUAUUUACGUUUCUACCAUCAUUACGUUUUGAGAAGUAUUUGUCUGCUAUUUAUUACAUGCAUGUUCUAAUUCCUCCUAUGCCACUAAACAACUUUUUACAUUCUAACAUCAUCUUAAAUUACCAAAUCUAAAGUAUAACUAAUUAUAUCACUUUUUUUCACUAAGUGAGUUAAUUAAGGGACGAUUUCUACGUCAGAGAAAUGCUUUAGAUUUACCCCUGAAUUACAGUUUUAAUUUUAUCUAAAAAUUCUUAAUUUUGACAAUUUUAAAUUUAAAGCUAAACUCUAUUAUAUAUCAUAUAAAAAUAUUUGAAAGGAAUUUGAUAUUAAUAUCUUCAUCAAAAAUGUAAACACUAUUUUACCUUGUUUUUUUUAAAUCAAAAAUUAUCGAAAAAUCGUAAUACAAAAAAUUAUUUUAUCUAAAGAAGAAUCUCUCAACCAUUUUUCAAGUCUAUAACAGAAUUGUGUGCCUUUAAAAAAAAAAUGUUAAUCUCAUAAAAAUACACGCCCACUUUAUUUUUCGCAAAUAAAAAACCUAAAUAUAUUUUUUUUAAAAAAGGAAAAUAUGAACUCUAUUCCAUUUUUCAAAAUUAAAUUUUCAAGUGUGUUUUAUAUUCAUGGGCAUACUUAUAUAAGGGUAUGUACCCACGUUUUGUUAACGCCAUUGAUUUUUUAUUUGUAAAUAGAGAAUGUAACAUCUCUUUUUUCUCAAAUAUAAUACCCUAGAAUUAAAUAUAUUGUUAUCCACGUACAAAUGUACACAUUCUAUUUCCUACAUCCGAUAAGUAUGUUUCCCAGAAGGUUAAUUAUUUAUCAACUUAAUGCCUUUAUUUUAAGACAUAUCUUGUGCUGCUUGGGGCAAAAUGACCACCCUCCCCCAACUUUCCCAGAUGAAAAUAAAAUUAAUAAAAUCUUCUACUGGAUUGUAUUCCCUUCUAUACCCAAAAUAACAUAUUGUGCACUUCCUACUGUUUGUAUCCGUCCAUGCUUCAAUUUGUUUUAUUAGGACAACGGACAAGAACUAAAUGGAUAUUCAUUCUCCUUUCCACGUAGCCUCAAUUUAAUAUUUUAUUGUGAAUAAAAAAGCAUAUCCUCACGUCUAAUUAAAUAAUAAAUGUCAGCUAUUUUUUUUUUCUACCCCUAUACGUUUUUUGUAUUGCCUAAUACAGCUUAAUUUUUAAAUAUGUAAAAAAAAAAAAAAUUAAUAAAAAAAAAAAAAAAAAAAAAAAAAAAAAAAAAAAAAAAAAAAAAAAAAAAAAAAAAAAAAAAAAAAAAAAAAAAAAAAAAAGCCAAUGCGAUUUAGGUGACAAGUCUUUGGUAGAAGUUGAAAAUAAAUACAGCAGUGAUGAGAUAAGAUUGUCUGCACUUAACUACCAGAACACUAUAUUGAAUUUGGAAAUGUAUUUUGACCAUCGUGCAAGUGAAAUAACGGUAAGAAAACGGUGGAGUGGGAUACUGAGUAUAUAACUGUUAUAUUUGAUGUUGAUGUUAAAGUAAACGAAAUAGAAAGCGAUAUCAAAAGCAUCCACAAAAUAUUGACAGUUUUAGACGAAACAAAUGUAAUAGAAAACUGAAAACUGAACUAAUUUGAAUACAUGGUACAAUUAUGUACUUUUAGAUAUAUAGUAAUUUAUAAUAUACAUAAAUUUGAUUCAUACCACAUAUAUAUAUAUUUAAAUUGCACUUUUAAAAAUUAUAUAAAACAUAACUAGUAUAUAAUUAAUUUGUUAAUAUGAAAAUGCACUCUGUGGAUAGACAAUUUGACAUUUGCCAGUCAACGUUUUUUUCCUCUAAUUACUUUAGCUUGAGAAAAAAUUGUAAUAAAAUAGGCGAUGAAAUAAUUUGAUUGGUCCCAAAGAUUUGGAGCUGGUAUUCACUUUUUUUUCUCUGAACCCCUAUUAAAUGUAAAUAAUAAAUCUUUCAGUUGCUACUAACUUUCUUUUAGUUAAACUCAUUAAUGUUCAUAUACGAGAAUGUAAUAAAUAUAUUAUAUUUUAACUGCAGGGAGGUAAGCGAGAAAUUGUAAUUGAGAAAAGUGUAUUUGAUUAUCUCACCUAUACUUUAAGGCAAUCAAUAUAAAUUAUUCAAAAUAAAAUGUAAACUAACAAAUUGACGACUAACAUAAUGAAUAUUUAUAUAUUAUGUACCAAAGAAAUAUAAAAAAUUAAUUAAAUAUGUUAUACAAGUCGUUCGUUUCAUUUCAAGAUACUUUUUUUUUUGUAGUUUGCCUAAGGCAUUGGAAAAAAAAACAAAAAAAACAUAAAGAGUUAAGUUAAAUUAUAAUAGGAUAGUGUGCUUUUAUCGUCUCUUUCUUGAACAGUAAAACGGAUUUUGUUUCUUCAUAACUGUUAACUACAUUUGCUGGAUAAGUGCUUACCAGCUUUUAUAAUCAUAUACCUAAUAUAUUAAUACAAUAAAUAUCACAUCUCCCAUAAUUUAGGUGUAGUUUUGUAUGCCUAUAUUGUCAUCUUUUUAAAAGAAAAGAAAAAUUCGGUUUAUUUCAAAUUGUUUUAAAAAUCAAUUCUAUCUACUGAAAGAAAAUUUAUUAAAAUGAUUUUAACAAUUGUAAAUUGUCUAUCAUUUGUGGUUGCGGCAACUGGUCUUAGUAAUAUUAUAACACUUUUAGGUAAGUAAAUUGAACACAUACAAAUCAAUUUUUUUCUACAAUAAUCUAAAUAUCUUUAAUAAUAGAACUUAAGCACAAAAUUAUUCCUUUUAUUCUCUUAAUAUAUGUUGAAGUCCAAAUACAACUUAGUAAGUAUCGUUAGCAUACAAAUAUUUAAUUUUAAUUUUAUACAAAUUAAUGAUAAACAUUUCAAAAAUUUUUGUAUUGACGUCUCAAUAGUAAUAGAAAAAAAAAAGAAAUAGAAGACUUACUUAAAACGUAUCUUCCUUUAAGGGGUAGUAAAAGAUUAUUUGCAAAAAUAUACAUUUUAUAAAACAAUUAUUUCCAACAUUAGUAAGAAGAGUAAAUGACCUCCUCUAAAUUUUUAACUAUUUUUUGGGUUCUGGUUCUGGUUCUGGUAGUGUUUGUUGCUGCAUCCACAUUCUGGCAUCUGUGCAACGGUUUGGGGAAUGAUGUUGCUAGUCUAACAGCUCCUAGCUGAUGCCAGGGCAACCUGAAGCUUUCGACCGAAUUCGAGUUCAUAGUGGCAUUGUCCAGGUGGUUCCAUGCUAUUACUGUGCGUGAGAAGAAAGAUUGUUGAUACUGCGCUGUGUUGCACUGAGGAACUUUGAAGCAUUUGCUAUUGUUUCUGGUCUAAUUGUUUAUGGCAAUGUCAGUGGUGAAGUCAGUGUUCAGUGAGCAUUUUGCUCUGAUCAGUCUACCCGGCUCCUGCGGGGUGAGGUACGUGCCUGCUGGGAUGGCCGGCACCAGUCCCAUGAUCACUUUAUAUUGUUAAAUUUUGAAUAUAUUAUUAAAUAGCUUCAGUGUAAGUUCAUCGAAAUUCUUAUUUAUUGUAGAUUCAGCCUAAGUCUGACUGGAUGUUAGUCGCAAUGAAAUUGGCAUUUUUGUCUCUUGAAAUUAAAUAAAGUUUUAAUUACCGAAGUUUACAAUACUAACGAUCUAAUUAUAUUACAAGUUAGUCCUGUAUCUGAUUUAUAAAAUGUAUAACAAUAAACAGAAAAGAAAUAGAGGAGAGCUGUUCUGUACUUUGUUUAACAAACAUCACGCUUUCCUCUAUUUUUUUUUCUGAUCAAUAUAUCUUGGCUGCGUUUAUGUGUUUAAAUAACAAAAUCACACCAUAUUUACUAAACAAAAAUGGAUACUUAUUCGGAUUUAUUGAAAUGUAUACAUCAUACAUAUUUUUGCAUGCAAGGUUACAUGAAAAAUUACAACAUAAGAUUACAUUUUCAGGCAAAGCAAAUAAUUUUACCUGUGCCAAAAUAUACAUUACAAAGGAUUAGAUAUUACAUGCUCUACACAAAGGAUCUAUCCUGAUGGGAAAUGCAACUUUCUUGUCUAUUUCACUAAAGUAAGAUUUGCUUCCCCUUCAUUUACACUUAUCACAAUGAUUCUAUGUAUGCUUUCAUCUUGAUCUUUUUUUUUUAAUCACAACACUGCUACUAUACAUUUACAAGGUACACUUUUUUUUUAAACAGUCCUUAGUAAAUUACACACACGCCACACCAGAAUUCCAUAAGAAACUUCCUUGCGGCCCACCGUAUUUCACAACAAACUGUUCUAUAGCCAUAACCUCCGCAAGUCUAAAAUUCGGAAGGUAUGCUGUUAUGUUAACAUCUUUCCAAAUAUUCACAAUGCAUACAAAGAUAUGCAGUGUGGAAAUAAUUUCAUGCAUGCUCUUUUAUUAGGCAAUCACAGCUCAAGUGACUUUCCAAUUUAUCUUCGCUUCUUCUUAGAAACCUCAAAAGUAAAAUUGUAUGUUACCCUUUUUGAAAAGAUAAACGCAAAUAUCUAUAAUUCCAAUAUGCUUUUUAAUAUUUAAUCAAAUUAAAUAAACAUGUAUCUAUAAGUUAAGUCAUUAAAUAUUAUUUAAACAUUUUAGAGUCUAGAGUUUUACAAUCUAGUAUUUUUUAAAUGGUUAUUAUCAUGUUUGUAGGAACUUUUCUUAAGUGCAUAUGUCUUUAUAAGAUUUAAUUAUUUCUAGUACAGAGACAGUCGCCAUGGUAAAGACACGUGUGCAUUACAUUUUAUUACUUACAUGUAUAAUUCUUCCUGAUGUGAGAAGUGAGGGUAACUUAAGGUGUAUAUAACAAUGUAUUAUUUGUAUACACCAUUUGAGUGGAGUACAUUUUUAAAAAAAAAUCAAUGGACGUAAACAAAUACGAAAAGGAAUAUAAUAAAAUAAGAAUACAUGGCAUGUGUAUUUAUGUAUUGAGCUUUGUUUGAUCUCUAAUGAUGUUGUCGCUACAUGCAAACCAUUAUCAAAAUGAACAUUAAAUAUUCGUGAUGUGCUUCAUUAGUUGUAAAAGAUGUUCACACACAUAUGUGUUUGCAAAUAGCUAUACCAUGGGUAGAUAAUUUUUUUUUUAAAUAUCCAAAUUAGUCAAAAUAUGUCUUAUAGCAAUGUUCAAACCAGCUUGGUGGAAUUUGGUGUUUAAAUUUGUACUAGAGCACAUUUCAAAAUUUGUAUUCUAAUUGCCGUUCACAGCUAAUUACGUUGCUAAAGCACACACACAAAAUAUGCUCUUGUUUUCAAACCCGUUAUUGUUUUUCCAAUUUGAUGUUUCAAUCAUUUAUAAAAGUAACGUUAGAUCAUUCGCAUCCUGUGUAACCCCUGAUUGCAACGACAUGUAGGAAAAUUUGUAAAGUUUUUGUCCAACAGAAGAUGUAAUUAUUCUAUGUUCCCAAAGACCAAUUUUCAUUUGAAAUUGGGAAAUAUAAUCAGACAUUUUAUUAAUUAAAUUAUCUUACACUUGUUGACGAGUGUUUACGUCAUUUAGGUUGCUAUUUAUAUCGACAACAAAUUCAAAGUCACAAACUUAGUCUUUGUCUUUAAUCUCUGCGUUUGUAUGGUUGUAUUUCUUGGUGCAAAUCAAACUCUCUUUUCAACAUUUUAGAAGGGGUCAGCCGUCUUAUUUUUGAAUAAAUUUUAACGACAUUAAAAGUUUAGAAAUUCUUGGAAUUGAAUUUUAUUUUACCCACUUGACUUAAUGAAGAUACUUAUUUUUUUAACGAACAUUUGUCGGACUUCGAUCAUAAAUUCUCCUGAUGAAUAAUACAAUAAAAAUAUAGCAUAGAAGUAUUACCACCUUAGGAGACCUUAUUUUCCAUCAAUUUUCCAAACAUUCGUGUUCCACAACCACUGCUGGAGCACCAUCCAAUGUUAACCCCAUAAAUUUUAAAAUUUUGACAAAAAGCAAUUCAAUGUAAAUGUAACAGCCUCUAAAAAACGUCAUGACCUAGUAGUGUCCUUAAGGGGAUAUAUUGCCGCUAAUUCUUAUGUCUUUUUAAUAGGGAUUUCAACACCCCAGAUACAAAAUUUCAGUUUAACUGUAUCUGCCUGUAUCGGUGCUUUCAUCCGAAGCUAGAGCAUAAAAUAUAAAUGUGGAUGAUCGACCUUAAUAAAUAAUCUUCAAUCUAGUUUCCAAUGUCGUUCACAUACACUGUGUAUACAUUUUAGAAAAAAAAGCGUUAAUUAAAAUAUGUCAAAAUCUAUGAAUUUUAAAAAAAAAAUUCGAUAUACUUCAAGUUCCUCUUAGCUAUAAUUUAAAACUGUAUGAUACGAACACCUCAUGAUGCGAUGUUCUUUAAAAGAUGUGUACAACACAGUUAACAUUUCUGUUCAUUUGACCUAGCUCAGCGUGUAUUAACAUGACUAACGGCCAGCCGCAUGCGGCCCGCGAGCCUCAAGUUCCACCUCUGAUCCAAUAAUUUUUUUUUUUAAAUCUUUCAAAAUCUUUUAAAAUUCUACUACAAUAACAGUAAUUUCAAAUAUGCCUUUUAGGUGCGUGCAAAUGGACAGAUUCCAUUCCGUCUGAGGGCGCAUGUUUCCUGUACAAUGCAACAGAACUUUCCUAUGCAGAAGCCAAUGUAAGUUUGCUGGUUUUUUUCUUGUUUUAUUUCUAUUACUACUACUUGCAUAAAUGUAUUCUUUUCAGAUGUAGUGACUGCAGUACAUAAAAAAAAAAUAUAUUUGCUUGGGUAAAAUAUAUAAAAGAUAGGGAUAGCUCCCGGACGCCAAAUGACGUGCUUUUUCUAGUUUAGCAGUUGUGAUUUAAAUACACAUGUUUCAAUUUUUUUGUAAACACAGAUUAUUUAAGUUACCAGAAGGUUCAUAAACACAGCUGUGUUUAUUUCUUUGUGUUUUAAUAUUCUUUUUUGUUAACUUUUUUUUUCUUCGAUUUUGCCAUCUAUUGGAUACAAAUAAGAUAGACAUGAAAAAAUAAUGACAAAAAUCAAAUCAACUAAACACUAUUGAGUAAAAACUCUGCAUCCUAAUAUGUCAUUUGAUUAAAAUACGGAAUUAUAAUUUCUAUAUAAAAUAUGAUUGCUUCAGAGUUCAUGUCAAUCAAUUGGUGGGGUUCUGGCAAAGUUGAAGACCAUGACGCAGCUACUUGAGGCAAUACAAAAUGUACCAUAUAGUAAGUCAUAGAAUAAGGAGAUGAAUUAUUUUCCUGUUAACGUUUAUCCGGGAGGCGUCACGAUGAGUUACAGUCCGUGAUCCCCCGCUAAGUUCCUGCUAAAAUGUAUGGUGUUGUCUUUUACACAGUUGAGGCACAGUCUGUGCGGUAAUCCUCUAGUCCUUAAACUGGGGUCCUUGCUACUUUAAGCUUGUAGUGUUGGUUCAUUGACAUCAUAAUGACUGACUUGCCGCUCUAAUUUAUUUCCUCCUAUGAGAUGUAGUGCAAUAUUCAUACCGCACCAAAUGAUUAAAAUGUGGUAUCUGCUCGGCUAUAAUAAAUCAUUUCAAACAGUUGUAUACUUUAUGCCCAGCCUUAUAUUCAUCGCUCAAUGGUUAGGCUUCGAAUGAAAACAUUCUUUAUUUAAUUUUUUUAAAAUUAUUAUUUUAUAUUUUAUUUUUUCGCGGGGUAGGAAAAAGGGGGUGGGCUAUUUUGUAGCUGUGUACAAUAGCAAUCAGCGCUUGUUUCUGUCAUCAUCUCCUUCCAUUUUACCGUCUACAGCAUCUAUAACUCCUUGAAUUUUUAUUUCCAAGCGUUGACUGGGCAUGUUUUCACUGAAAUUUAUGUCCAGUUUGUUUCGACAAGCCGGUUUUAAACAUCAUAAUUAACAUAAAUGCUGAUAAAUGUUUGCUAGGAAAAGUCAUACAACUUGGCUAUUAUUGUAAAUGAAGUAAAUAUUCCAGUUAUUUUUAUGUAAUCCUUUAGCCGUCUUACCUUAUAUCCUUUCUUUGACAUUUUAAUGUAUCUUAUUUAACGGUUCUCUAAUCUACUCCUCUAAGUUUCAAAUGUAACAAAGUGUUUUGACAACUUCCUAUCAAAUGUAAAAUACCCUAAUAAAGUUUGAGGUUUUACCGUUUGAAAAUCUAUGAAUCACUAUAUAUUAAUUAGUCAUUUCUCUCUAUAUGAGUUGGUCAUUCUUUCUUAUUUUAUUUGGUAAUUUCUCUUUAUACUAGUAGACUUUUCUCUCUUUGCUGGUCACAUGGUCACCCUGACCCGACAGCAAAAGCCAGAGUUUCCCAAAAUUGUAAAAGAGAUUGGUUAUAAAAAUGUGUAGCAUUCUGUCUUGAUCUGUUUAUAAUUGCUUUCACUUAUCAAUUUUUUUUUCGUGUUCAUACGUCUUGAUCAAAAUGAAUGAAACGCAAUUUUUUUUUUUUAUAAUUUAAUUGCAAAUUUUAAUCCAGAAAUAAAAAUGAAUCAAACACAAGCAAUAUGUAGCUUGAUAUAAGUAAAAUAAUAUAGUACGACCUUUCUUCACAACUGUUUCUCAUCAACAUGCUUAGCUAAUUGCAUGUGUACCAAAUAAAUAUUACGAACACGACGUCAAGGCUACAACAAUAACAUGAAAUAUAAGACUUACGCCCAAAGGCGGUAGAAGCGUACACACCGUGCACAAUAAAACACAAUAUUUGUAUCGCAACAAUUUCUAAUGCAUACCGAUAAGCGACGCCCUUAAAAGUCCAGCGACCCCCAACCCCAUAUUUUCUCUGCUACUGGUUGUACAGUGGAGAGAAAGAGGUUUAGCUGUAUUAGACAAGAUAUCGCACCAAUAAAAAUGUAUGUCUAUUGACUCCAAACAAUCUACCAAGUACAGUAGGGUGACCAAUCAUCCCGUAAAAACGGAAUUGUCCCUUAAGCUAGUUAAGUUUAUUAUAAGGGGGGUGGGGUGGUUGAUUUUGUUUUUGUGAGUUGUUCAUGGUGAUGUCAGAGCGUGAAGUUGUUCGUGUUGUUGAGCUUUAGGUUAUGCUGAGUGUUUUGCCAGGAUAUAAAGGGAAAUGUUUUAGUUAAUCGAUAGUUAGGAGGUGAGAGAAGCGAGAACAUCGAGAGUUGUAUUAGUCGAAAGUCCAGAGGAGAUCGUCUCUUGUUUCCCAAAGAUAGGAUUUUUUUUUCUGGGGCAAUGAAUUUUGUAGCAAUUGUGUUUUUAUAAGAAUUGGAUGUUUUAAUUCAGUGUUUGAGUUAUUUGACCAAAAGAGAGAGUAGAAUUAAUCCAAAAAGUCUGACAUAAGUUUAGAGAUAAAGUAUUCCCAAUCGGAGGUAGUACAUAAACGAAAGAUAGCCGUAAAAUUUGAAUGAUUAAUUGACAAUUAAAGAAUUCUUGUAUGUAUUGACACUGCAGCAACUUACAUAUGGAUCGGUGCAAAUGAUAUUAGUGUAGAGGGAACAUGGAUGUGGGAAGACGGCGGUGUUGCUACUGAGUUGAACGAGCUUUGGUAUAAUGAUGAGCCAGACAACGGAACGGACCAUGACUGUGCGGACAUCUAUAAAUACUUUACUCUAUCGGGACUUUAUGAUGACGUGUGUAGCAAGCGAUGUCCUUUUCUGUGCAUGGAGAAAGGUACUUCAUUUAUUAAAAUAUAACAUUGGAUUUUUCUUUAACAUUACUUUAAAAAAGCAAUAAAUCAGUACAAAAACACCACAUGGGGAUAAAAAUGUUCAAUAUUAUAACAACCUAACUUAGUUGAUGGAUAAAUUUACUUGAACAAAUCUAAAAAAAAUAUAUUUUUUCAAAGUUUAGAACAACAUAAAGUAUUUCUGGUCAAAUAAAAGUUCUUUUUUUCAAUCAGAAUGCCGGUUUUUGCCCAAUGUUGUAUGAGUCUAUUGCUCAUUUCAAACGACAAAAUGUGCGUCGAAUUUUGGUCAUUUUUUUUUUUUUGGACGCAUUAAGCUGUACCAAAAUAUGUUGGGUCCAAAAAUAAUUUUGACGAAAAUUUGACGAAAAUUUAAUUGUGUGAUAAGAGCAACAAUAUUGUAUUACACAAACUCGAGUUACAUAUUUAACAAAAAUUCAGUCGUGUGCGUUUAAAUGAGAUGAUCUAGCACUAUUUCAGACAAGAUAUCUGACACGUUUCACCAGGGACCGAUUCAAAAGAAACUUAACAUUUAUUUCCACAUACUUGACAGAUGAGAUCACAACUCUAUGUCCGGAGGCUUCAACAUUCAAAACAAACUCCCCUCCUACAACUGAACUUACAACAAACGAACUUGCUGCAACCGAGCCUACAGCAAAGGCGAUCUUAACCUCUAC